AUGAGCUCUCCACUGCGUCGCGAGUCUCUCUCAGCUCGGCCGAGCCCCGACAGACACGCUUUGGACUGGAGCCAUGAGAAGCUAGCCGUGCGCAGGCUGUCCUCUCCACGGAGCGUCAACCUCCUCACGCCGCCGCCUUACCCUCGCCGUGCCUCUGCCAUCCCCGGCUACCUGCUGCCCCCCUAUCAAGAGCAGGAGGACCGGCAGCGUCGGCGUCCGUCCUUGUCCCCCGAGGCAUCCCCGCUUACCCCCGCACCUGUGGACACCGGCGCCCCUUGCUGCCGCCCGGUGGGAGUCAUGCAGCUCCUCCGCUUCGGGCUCCUUGCCUUCAGCUGCCUCUUUUGGGCGGCCGGCUUGGCCCUUUUCACCCUGGGGGUGUGGGCCCAGAUCUCGCUGGCCGACUUCAUGCUGCUGUCCGCCAACCGCUACCCCAACGCGCCCGUCAUCCUCCUGACCACAGGGGCCGCCGUGACCGUCUGGGGCUUUCUGGGUUGUCUCGGGGUGGCGGCAAACCUCCCGUACGUGCUGAGGGCGUACGGCUUCUUUCAGCUGGCCGCGCUCAUCGCAGGAUUGGCCGCCGGACUCUGCGGGCUCUUUUAUCGGGAAGACAUCGCUGGAGGAUUUCGUAGCGGCCUCCAGCGAGCGGUGGCCGACUACACAGAGGAUGAGGGCCGUGCCGAUGCGCUAGACAGCCUACAGAGGGCGCUGGAGUGCUGCGGCGCUGAAGGAUGGCAUGAUUGGCUCACCUCGGACUGGGUGUUACAACACGUGCCCUUUGUGCCGACAGAGAACGGAACGCUGGGCUCCUUGCCGGACAGCUGCUGCGUGACGCGCAAGGGUUGCAGGAACAGGCUGCUGCCAUCGGACGAUAAUGAAGGAGUGCUCGCCGCCGGGAUCCACCCCCACGGGUGCUUCCGGAAAGUCUUCAGCUUGGUCAACGACAAUGUCUUCCACAUUGCCGCCACCGUGUUGGGGUUGGCCUUCACGCAAAUCGGAGGCAUCGCUUUGGCGUGUUUGUUGGCUAACAGGCUAGCGCCCAGACAGCAGCAACGCAUCGUGGCUCAUUGAGAAAAAAAAUCAUGAAAACACGCAACGUUUUUGGAAUGAAGUACUUACAAUUUAGAAAUGUGAAAUGUAACACGGUGCUCCAAGGGGCUGUGCUCCACGCGUGGACACGACCUCUAAUACGCAUGAAAGACGUGCUCUGCUCUGCUCUGCUCUGCUCUGUUGUGUUGUGCUGUGUUGUGUUGUGUUGUGUUGUGCUGUGUUGUGCUGUGUUGUGCUGUGUUGUGUUGUGUUGUGUUGUGUUGUGCUGUGCUGUGCUGUGUUGUGCUGUGUUGUGUUGUGUUGUGCUGUGUUGUGUUGUGUUGUGUUGUGCUGUGUUGUGCUGUGUUGUGCUGUGUUGUGUUGUGUUGUGUUGUGUUGUGUUGUGCUGUGCUGUGCUGUGCUGUGCUGUGCUGUGCUGUGCUGUGUUGUGUUGUGCUGUGCUGUGCUGUGCUGUGUUGUGCUGUGUUGUGUUGUGUUGUGUUGUGUGUAGCUUAGCCUAGCAAUGAGGUUACCGUACAGACACAUUUUUUGCCGCCUUGCGCUUCGAAUUUUGCAGCUUCACUCUGGCGGUUUUUCAAAAUAAAUUCCUUCAUAAAUAAAUCUGUUUUGUGGUUGAGUAUGGCCUAUUAUUACUCAAAAAUAUGCAGAAAAUUAAGAAAAAUUGCACCUCUUUUUGGCACGUAUGACGCAUUUCCAAGCAUAAAAAUGCCUAAAUGAAGUCAAAUCUAAUAAAUAUAAGACGUUGAGAAUACACAUUGAAUACAUGUAGUAUCCUACACUGGUCACUAGGUGUCAGUAAGGUGACAUUAUGUUGCAUUGACGACACUAUAGACGGGGGGUGGGCAAACUUUUUGACUUGCCGGCCACAGUGGGUUAAAUAAUUUGUCGGAGGGGCUGUCUAUAUAUAGGUGUAACACAGUUAACGCAUCAACAAACAUGGCACGUAAGGUAAGCCUGUUAUUUUCAAAUGCCCGCAAGGCAUGCUGGGUAGUCGAGCUGCAACAACAAUAUGAAGAACAAAACAUUGGAUAUUAAGAGCAUGCUAACUCCUCCUUGUUUAUGCGUUUGUGUAGGCUCUCAGUCGUACAGGAGUUGUCCAUCGAGGGAAAGGCUUCUUGAGACCUCAUCUGUACUUCUUCACAGAAGUACAGAUGACGUCUCAAGAAGCCUUUCCCUCCUCCUUGUUUACUUUUCUGACAA